GCUUCGGUCCUGGCAGGCGCCCGGGGCUGUGCGCCCGGCAGGGAACCCUCCAGGCAGGGGCCCGGCUGGGAACGCGGCCGGAGCACCGGCUCCGCGGCCUGGCUCGGACCCCGCCCCGAGGGGUGGGCCGUUGAGCAGUGCGGCGGCGCGGACGGGGAGGAGGAAGGAAGUGUGUAGCCAGAGCGAUGUCGUCCAGGCCCGGGCGCGGAGAGCCGGGGGCGCGGCGGCCGCGGGAGCCUCCGGAGCAGGAGCUGCAGCGGCGGCGGGAGCAGAAGCGGCGGCGUCACGAUGCGCAGCAACUGCAGCAGCUGAAGCACCUGGAAUCCUUUUACGAGAAGCCUCCUCCUGGGCUUAUCAAGGAAGAUGAGACUAAACCAGAAGACUGUAUACCAGAUGUACCUGGCAAUGAACAUGCAAGGGAGUUUUUGGCUCAUGCACCAACUAAAGGACUUUGGAUGCCACUGGGGAAAGAAGUCAAAGUCAUGCAGUGUUGGCGUUGCAAACGGUAUGGCCAUCGAACAGGCGACAAAGAAUGUCCGUUCUUUAUCAAAGGCAACCAGAAGCUAGAACAGUUCCGAGUAGCACAUGAAGAUCCCAUGUAUGACAUCAUUCGAGAGAAUAAAAGACAUGAAAAGGAUGUAAGGAUACAGCAGUUAAAAAAGUUACUGGAGGAUUCCACCUCAGAUGAAGAUGCGAGCAGCUCCACUUCCUCAGAAUGUAAAGAGAAGCAUAAGAAAAAGAAAAAGAAAGAAAAGCAUAAGAAAAGGAAGAAAGAAAAGAAAAAGAAGAAAAAGCGGAAGCACAAGUCUUCCAAGUCAAGCAAGAGUUCAGACUCCGAAUGACAGUGUUGACUUACCGACAUUCUCAGAAAUCACACACUAUGGCCAAAGAACAGAGAGCUGCCAUCUAAGAGUGACAGGACAAAGUCCCAGGAGAGGACAGACACCUGGCACCACUGUGAACUCUUACCACCUUCCAGUGAUGGGCUGACCUCAGCAGAGCAAGUGGUCUUGCAAGUGCUGGCUGGCAGCAGCCACUGAUUCCAGCAGAGAGCUUCUUCAGUGUCCUCUUCUUGCCGGUCCCUGGGGUCUGAUUGCUUUUGAGAGGCCACCUUUAGGGAACAGGACUAAGGGAGUCUGAGGAAGCACUCCAGGCUGCUGCCACAGCUUUUGCUCUCCAAAAGAAGAGUGUGGCAACUCAGUGGACUUCAUGCUUGACCCCUCUCUGUGGUUCAGGAUAAUAAAAGUUCAUGAUUUAUUUUUUAAA